GACGAUGUUCCGGCAAGGAUAAUGAUAGACGAGAGAUGGCGUCCUCACUCUCCUCUUCUGUAUCUUCCCUACAGACGUCCCUCCAAUUACUAGAGUCUUCAAUCAAUAUUCUCGACGAGGGGGUAAAUGACUUCCCGCGCAUUUGCAAAGUGCUCCAGACCACACGGCACUUCGAACUCCUUCCCGAGCCAACAGUCCGCGAAGCUCAGAAGGCCAUUCAUGAUGAAAUUAAUCCAAGCAUCGCACACCUUCUCUCCCUGGCCUCCAACCACAUUGACAAGCUAGCCCGCCGCGAACAAUCCCUCAAAGCUAAAUGCGAGUUGCAGCAGGGUAGAUUAUCUCACGAUGAUGAUGACGGCGACGACAACAAUAACAAUAACCCAUUCGCUUCCCGACGAAGGAACAACUUGCAGCAGGCGAGAAAGCCGCUGUCGACAGGGAAGAAUGUGAUGGAGACAGCCGCGACGGCACGAGCGGCGGAACUGCGCAAGUUGGUGCAGAAAAAAGAGCGUCUACGAUAUACAGUUGAGAGAUUGGAGUUGCAGUCGAAGCAGAGGGAGAGGCAGUUGAGGAAAAGUAUGGCGGCGCAGUGAAGCGGGUCCGUUGCUGAGCGAGAGAAAAGGAUCUGUUGGAUGCAACCAAGCGCACAAUGUGUUACGCUCAACUUAUAUUAUGUGCGGGAGAGAAAUGAGUCGUAUUGUUUACGAUAUUAUGUUCAAUACGUCAGUAGGAAAUACUCCCACGUGGAUGGAUCUUACGACGUCGACCGCAUACAUUGAACAGGGAGAAGAUUGGUUUACCUUUCAUGCGUAUUCAAGCAGUUGUUGCACCAUAAGCAUGCAUCGGUCUCGCCGCUAUGAAGGCCAUGCGGAUAAUGGGAGAACCGCGGUAUCGGGAUAGAUGGACGGCUGGCGAUUGGUGAUGUCGGAGAUGUCCUUGAAAUUAACUAUCUAAAUUGUUAUGACAAAACCGAGCCUGUUCGUCCCGGCUCGAGCAGCUCCAAUUUUCCAUAGACGAAGUCUGGGGUGAAUAAGGACUUCAUAUCUUGAUUAAAGAUAACCAUUCGGCAGUAUGACUGCCGAUACUCACUGUUGAUCUUCACUUAACAACGUACUGAAGAUAUGGAUUGGAUGGUUGUUCCCUGCUUUGUUUGCCGGGGUGGUAGAGGAGGAAAUAUGGGGGAGGAUUUAAACAACUUACAAAAGUUUAGGCGAGGAGGCAGAGCGUGGUUGCAGAUGAUAAAAUUGAGAAUCCUAGGAACAUUGGUUUGAUCUCAGAUCUGU